GUCGGACUUCAGAGGUUUCAGAGUUGGUUGAAAGAUGGUACGGAGAUUUCGUGCACAUCGAGAAUCGAAUGUCUACAUUGGUUAAAAAAUUAGGUUAUAUGAUGAAAUGACGAAGAGAUGCAACACAUUGAAAAGAAUCUAACUUAACCAGGACUUGAAAUGUUCUGUUUACUUCACAACUCAUGCCGCGGGUCGCUGAAUCACACGAUAAAUUCGUUCACUUCUAUCCUCAGAAAACAUGCGAGUCCGGCGGUCGCGCUGGAAAUUGCAUUUUCAGAAAAAAUCCAACCAAAGCGACGACCACCUAUAGUAAUAAAGUGUAAGAACGAAUCUCUCAAUUAUACUGCCGGUCGAACUUACGAGAAAUUUAAACCAAUACCACUGGCAUCCAAGGGAUGGCGCCAUAACAAAUCCGUUGGUGACUAUUUUGUCGUUUAUCCAGAUUAUAUUCAGCCUGAGCCCGCACUUGACAAUACGGAGUUAGCAUCGUUUGAGGAGUUGGGCUUGAACAAACAGCUGAUCGAGAAUCUAAGAACAAAUUAUAUCGAUAAUCCCUCGGAAAUUCAGAAUAAGGCCAUCCCUAUUUUGCUGUCCAGAAAGAAUUGCGUCAUAGCUGCAGAAACAGGAUGUGGCAAAACGCUGGCCUACCUGCUUCCUAUGCUCCAACAAAUAACCCAUUGGAAAAAGCUGGCAAUUCGCAGCGUGAACGAGCCAUUAGGAGUGAUCAUAGUACCGUCAAGAGACUUAGCGCAACAGAUCGGGAUAGUUGCAAAGAAAAUGUCUGCCGAUACGGAUAUCAAGAUACAGGUAUUAAUCGGUGGACACACGAAAAAGAAAAUGCUUAAUCCUGUAGUGGAUGAAGUCGAUCUGUUGAUCGGAUCUCUUGGAAUUAUUAGUAAAUUCACAACUACGUCUAUACAGAAGACCUCAUCCAUACGGCACAUGGUACUCGACGAGGCUGACACCUUGCUCGAUGAUAGCUUCACGGAAAAACUUCGUCACUAUUUGAAGAAAAUCACUUUCGACUCACCUGGUAUGGGAACUUCAAGUGAAUUACCAAGUACCGCCCAAUUGACCCUGGUGUCAGCAACGAUGCCGACAGAGAUACCUGCGACAUUGGAGGCAAUCGUUGACACCAAUUCCCUUGUUCGUCUGACGACGGAUAAACUGCACCGGAUUUUGCCCCAAGUACGGCAAAAGUUCAUUAGAGUUAGCCACUCGUCUCGUUCAGGCGAAGUGUUGAAAAUUGCUAAAAAAAAUUCGGAGAAGAAACGUCAAACACUGAUUUUUUGCAACACCGUAAAGUCUUGCGAAUGGUUAUACCUGUUCUUGAGCGAAAUGAGUGUGAACUGCUCCUACACUCACGGCACCUUACCAGCGAGAGUACGGUUAGAUAGAUUUGCUGAAUUUCAAAGGGGUCACACCACUGUUCUCGUUACGACUGAUGCUUGUUCCAGAGGACUCGACACCACGACGGUUAAGCACGUCGUUAAUUUCGACUUUCCCCUUCACACGGCCGAUUACAUUCACAGGUGCGGAAGAACCGGGAGAUUGGGUGGCGAGGUGGAUUGUCAGGUAACGAAUUUUAUCUCUGGUGACCGAGACGUCGAAUUGGCUCAAAAAAUCGAAAUGUCAAUAAGGAAGGGUAAACUACUGCCGAAAGUUGACGGUAACAUAACAAAAAUUGUAAAAGAUAAUAUUGAAAGAAAUAUUGCAAAGGUCAAAGAAUUGCUGAACGCAAACAUGCGUCCCCGGUAUUCGGAAAUGGAAGAAUAAUUCGAAUUCACAUGUUUCAUUUAAUCAUUGUUUAAAUAAAAUAAAUAGAAAUAUUAUGAUCA